AUGAAUUUUCAAGAUAGCCCGUCAACGAGUUCUAACACUCAAAAAAGUAUGAAAACAAAUAUUUUAUCUGAUAGCGAGUUACUGGAUAUUUUAGAAAAAGGGAAGUUUUCGUCGGAUGAAGAUUUCGGCAUUGAUUCGAAUGAUGAUGAUGAUGUAUUGGAUAUAGGUAAUUUAUCAGAUGAAAAUGAAAUAGACAAUGAAGAUAAUAAUUCGUGCAGUAUUGAUAAUAAUUUGUUGAGUUGUAAUGAAAAUCAAUACGACUGGCUUACUAAAUCCCCGACUGUAGAGAAUAUUUUCUCUAUAGGUAUACCUGGUCUAAAAUAUAUACCAGAAGGAGAUCAACCUAUAGAUUACUUUAAUUUUUUAUUUACUGACGAAUUGUUGGACCUUCUUGUCGAAGAAACAAAUGCUUAUGCGGUUGAUAUUUUACUUAGUACUACUUCAAAUAAUGCGCGAAUUUCUACUUGGUUUGAUACUAAUAAAUCAGAAAUGAAGUUAUUUUUUUCAUUACUCUUCCAUAUGGGUACAAUAAAACUAGCUAGGAUAGAAGAUUAUUGGAAGACAAACAUAUUACUUCGGGCUUUACAUUUUUCUCGUAACCCUAAAGAGGAGGAACUGGCUACUAAAAAUAGGUUAUAUAAAAUUCAGCCUAUUUUAGAUUAUUUUAAUUCAAAAAUGAAAGAAAUCUAUGAACCAUCCAAAAAUUUGUCGAUUGACGAAUCAAUGGUUUUAUGGCGUGACAGAUUAAUUUUUCGCCAAUACAUACAAAAUAAAAGGCACAAGUACGGUGUAAAAAUGUACAUGCUCACCGAACCAUGGGGACUUAUUCAUAGAGUAAUGGUAUAUUCUGGGCAAGGUCAUGACGUAUCCGAAGAUUUGUCUCAUACAGAGUUUGUGGUAGAUAACCUUAUGAAUGGAUUAUUAUAUACAGGUAGAUCUCUAUUUAUGGAUAAUUUUUACAACAGUGUGAAAUUAUCUAGAAACUUGUUGAUAAAGAAAACAUACGUAACGGGAACUUUAAGGCAGAAUCGUAAAAAUAAUCCUAUAGAUGUCAUAAGACAAAAAUUAAAAAAAGGCGAAAGUAUUUGUAGGUAUACGAGUGAUGGUAUUUGUGUCGUCAAAUUGAAGGACAAACGCGACGUUUUAAUGAUUAGUACCGAAUUUCCUCAUGAAAUGAUUGAAAUUUAUACAAAAAAAGAAGUUAAAAAAAAGCCCAUUUCCGUAAAAAAUUACAAUGAACACAUGUCAGGUAUAGAUAGACAAGACCAAAUGUCCUCGUAUUAUCCAUUUGAGAGAAAAACUCUAAGAUGGCUUGCAGUUAUACAAGGGUUAUUGCUUGAUAGUCAAAAUAUUCCAGUCAAUUCAAAAAAAAGGUAUUCUGAAACUCAUUUACCGUUAAAAGUUCAGAAAAAUAGCAAAAAAAGUCAAGCAAUGCUAUAUUCUAAGUGA